AUGCCCUCCUCCGCUCUCGACAACAUUGCUGCGACAACGCUCAGCGAUGUGCCCUCCCUCGUCAGCGCUCGUGCGGCCAAUUCCCUCAUCUCCGAGGAUCGUCCAACCCGAAUCCAAGCAGAGACGCUGCUCGUCUUGAACGGUCUGCUCGACGAACUCCUCCUCACCAUCCUCUCCUCCGCCAAAAGCUUGGCCACCGACCGCAUCAAGACGGAUGGCGUUCUCAGGGUCCUCAACAACAACCUGCUUGCCAAGGAUGCCGUCCUCGAAGCUGAACUCGAGCUUCGCAGCUUUGUCGACGGAAAGCGUGCAGAAGGCGCCAGAGUGCCUCUCGGCCUCAUGGCCACCUCGCGACUGGACGGUUCCGACGGCUUCCCUGUCCAGGCUGCCUACAACGCGCUUAGGACCCGCUGCGAAUACUACUCGACGCUCAACGAGUGCCAAGACAACAAUGCUGCCAAGGAUCAGAACCUCAUGAGCAGCGACGGUCGACCCAUCGCUACAGUGACACCGGGCGCCGCCAUCUACAUGACCGCCUUGCUCGAGUACGUCGGUGUCCACGUUUUGCAAAACGUAUCACGAGUCAUUGAGCGCGACAACUCAGACGAGGCCAGCCUCUACGAUCUCCGAGCCGCCAUCACCGAGGACGAGCAGCUCAACCCUCUCUUCAACAAAAUGGCCAUCAAACAAGAGUUGGCUCGUCGCAUCGACGUCCUCGAGUCUCGUCGCCGCAAGAUCACCGACGAUGCUGGCGGCCGCGGUUUCCGAUCCGAUGCCAGAGUCGUCAAGCCUUGGCACGUCCCCGCCGAGGGGGACUUUGAUGUGGCCGCUGGAUCUGCCCUCUUUUCGUCCAAGCGCGCUUCCUUGCAGCCGUCGCAACGAAGCAUUAAUGAUAGCGCCACGUCCUCCUCCCGCCAUGGCCGCGCAGCAUCCAGCAGCAUGGGACACUCAGAUUCCUUUCAUGGCAGCACGUCUACGCUCCGGACAUCCACCUCUCUCGCCAACAAUGCUUCAGACGGCAACAACGGCUUCGUCUCGUCAAGCGCUGGCAGCAACAUCAAGCAAAAUGGAGUACGGCCUUCCCCCGGCCUCGGCAAUGGUGCUGCCCGUCAAGAAGCUGGUGCCAGUAACGCAGCGAGUGUGGGGCGGCGGUCGAAUUCAGAUCGUAACUGGUCUGGCGUAUUUGGUGGUAUCAAGCGACGCAACAGCUUCAAGCAAGGUUCCGAGUCGGCGUCCGCCUCGGGUCGUAUCGUCUUGCCGACAGGUGAUGCCACAUCUCCAGGUGCCAACCAAUUCGAGUCAGCGCUGGACCCUGACGAUGACUUUGAGGCCAUCAUGCUUUCUGGCCAGACCAUGAAGGUCUCUCUCACUCCCAAUCGGCUUCACACUAUCGAAGUGGCCAAGAAGGGCGCAGAGGCUAAUGUUGGCUCGUUCCGUCGACGCCCUGGUACACCAAGUGUGCGCCAGGAUGCUACCUUUGCGGCACCUACGCUCCCUCGCACACCCAGCUCCGCCUCCGCGCACAGCUCGCAAUCCCCUGCCGGAGUUGACACCGUGGCUGCAAGUGCAGGCGAGCAUCUGUCGACCAGCAGCAGCAGCGCGGUUGUUCCGUCGGAUGCCGGCAUGGCACGGCCCAGCUCGCGCGCGUCGCUGCAGACGGCGAUGCGCCCCGAACGCAGAACAGCCGCUCCGCCGCCCUCGUCGUAUCGAAGCCCCUCGCCUCUGAUGAUGGGCAAGCCUAACGCGUUGGCACGCGACGUCGUUGAGGAGGACGCCUCUUCAGCAGCUUUUCCGCCUCCUCCGUCCUCUUCCGCCUCUGUAUUCAGACGUCAGACACCGCGUCUGCAGCCCCGCAACGACGAAGACGAGCGAAGUCCAUCGACGGCCAAGGAGCUGGUCGACCUGUUCAAGUCAACGCCUCCGUCUGCUACGCAGGAGAAAUUCGGCAGCAUCGCUUCGGACACAUCCUCGUUCGCGGAGGCAGGGGCGAAAAAGCCAGCCAUGGGCGAUCGUGUGCGUACCUUGUUUGGCCGCAAGUCCAGCAGCAGCACUGGCCACGGCUCGCCCUCUUCGCCGCGACAGAGGGUGUUUCAGAUGCAUCAACGCACUGACACCAAGGCGAGUCUUGAAGGUUCUCAGGAUACAUACAACACGAGCAGCGCCACCAACUCGAUGGACCAGACGCGUUCGCUCGUCUCACCCAACGAAGUGCCUUUCCACCGCAAUACGACGUCGCGUUCGUCGACGUCUACGUCGGAACACCCGGCAGCCAGUGCCGAGGCAGCUCUGGAAGCCAAGCCGUUGCCUGAUGUGGCAGUGGCUGUGGUCGAGCCAGAGCACACCUCGACGACGAAAGCAGCUGUGGGACUGGGCGUGGGAAUGGCAGCCGUUGCAGGUGCAGCUGGUGCGAUGGGCGGUGCUCGAAGCCCGAGCCAUGGCUCGAGGUCAACGAGCUAUGCUAGCCAGACGCCAAGCACGGUCGAAGGUGGGGCUCCGGAUGGAUCGGUGGCAGACGAUGCAUCUUCGACGUCCAAGUCCAAGGCGCAAGACGAAUUGGUGAGCCGCAAGGUUCCGUGGGGCUACAAGCGCAACUCGACGAGCACGACUGCAGCACUGGAACGCAGUAGCACACCCAGCUCGGAUCGACGCCGAAGCGUAGGAUAUCAAAGCUCGAACGGCCACAGCGUGUUGCCAAUGCGAGGUCAGGCGGGUGCGCCGGCUUCUGACGCUGGACACGGCGCUGUGGUCGGGGGAGGUACGUCGCCAGUCACGGUGGGCAUUGAGGAAGCACCUACAAACAUGACAUCGGGUAGUACGGCCUCUCGCAACAACAACGCGCCCACCGCAUGGUCAGGAUCGUCUACGAGCUGGGCACCACAGACGUUGGUGCGACGAGGGUCGCUUGGAUCGAGACCGACGUCGGCACACCAGUCUCCUCGUCGAGGCGGCGCCAGUCUGGAGACGAUCCAGACGCUUGCGGACCUAGAGAGAGCGAUGCGCAGCUGUCACACAGUAGACGAGUGCCGUGCUCUGGUGCGCAAAGCCAUGCAUGCGGAUGGUGCGUCCAUCUCGCCCUCGACGACCCGUGCCAAUGGUCUCACGGACGAAAACAACGCGUCGGCGGGCGAGGACGGCAAUGCAAUCAAUUCCACUCCCGCUGCAACAAGCGGUGCCGUUGUAGGCGCAGCGACAGCAGCAGCUGCAGUAGCGGCGAAGUCGGAACUCGGCCACCAUGCUGGUGAGGCAGAGGACGGACGCGUCCGCGGGCUCGACCCGAGCACCAAGGCUACACCUACUCAACCCCAGGCGGAGAUUGAAAUCACAUCUCUGGCCAAAGUGGAGGACGGGCUUGUGGUGGCAUGGUUGCUAGGCGGGGAUGAUGACCCAGCACCGACACGCACUGUCGCUUUAAACGAGCAGUUUGUCGAACCCGAGCAUCAGCAGCGGGAGUCGGCAGAAGAACCGAGUGAGAACCACGACCAGAAAGUCGAGCGGGCUGUACAUGCAGCGAUCAAGGAGUCGGGCAGCAAGGGAGAAGAAGAACACGAGCGAGCGAAAUCGCUGAACUCGACUGUCGACGCAGAUGUAGGCGCGCUUGCCUCGAGCAGCGUCGUGUCACUGCAGUCAACGUACAGGGAUGCUCACGAAGAGGUGGCAGUGGAGUAG